AUGGCAGCUGUCAGUCGGACCCGUCGUACAUCAUCCCUUCUUUCCUAUAGGUUUUGCACCUCGCUUUUCUGUCCGCUCGCUCGGUCCUACUCACAGACUACGCCUGACAGCGAAAUACAGCAAGCUCGAAUCGAACGACUCAAAGCGCUUCGACGAAAGUUCUCCAUACCACCGCCACCGUCUCAUCUCUCCGCCACUCCCAGAAUGUCGUACCAGCCACUCUACAAGUACAUCGAUCGCGAUAGCCUCGCUGACCAAGUGCGAAAGCACGGCUCCGAUCCAUCACAACGCCAAGUAGCCAUCGUCGACGUACGAGACGACGACUUCGAAGGCGGAAACAUCUUCAAUGCGCAGAAUCACCCUUCCUCGACAUUCCCAGACAAGGUGCAGGAUCUCGUCUACGGACCGCUCAAGGACUACAAGCAGGUCAUCUUCCACUGUCAUCUUUCGCAGCAGCGCGGUCCCAAAGCCGCGGGUCAGUAUGCACAGGCUAGACAGGCGGCCAUCGACUCAGGAAAAUUGCCAAAAGAGGAAGCGGACAAGCAGCAGCAAGAGGUGUUGGUCUUGAGAGGCGGGUUCAGCGAGUUCCAGGACAAGUACAAGAAGGAUGCUGCUGUAGUGGAGAAAUACGACGCUUCUGCUUGGGAGUUCCGCAACUAG